UCCACAUCUGGAUUCCAGGCCCACAUUUAUUUAUGGGACUUGAGUUGUUUUUAAGGGAGUUUAAAGUUCUUAACCAUGUACCGUUGGCAGCUGGGCUGGAUCCGAUGAAGUCUACAAUUACAUUUUACCAUAGCCGGUCACUCUGCAAUUACAUGUUUGACCGCAGAAUGUCUUGAAAAGCACAACCCUGCCGCUCAUAUGGCAGACAGAAAUAGACGGGUUUCGUGUCUGGUUGGACUUUUGCCCGGCAGAAACUAUGCUGCUUGACUGACGAAGAGAUGUGGGCUCAGCUCAUUUCAGGCUAUAGCCGUGUCUAGCAAGUUCCAGAUCCACAGUGAACAUCGCACAGUGGAGACUCUCAAGACCAAAUGUGUAAGCUGCCUUACUGAAUGGAACGCGCAAACUUUGAGAAACUGACAAAGUGCCCUGGUGCUAUGUUGAAGUAAGGAGGACGCAGUCAGAAUGGCGACCCCACAGAGUUCCAGACAGAGCAGCUAUUCCUCAAUCUCUGGAAAGAUGAUGCAUGCCAUACAGGUGGACUCGGUACAGCGCUGGAUGGAAGACUUACGGCACAUGACAGAGGUGGAGUGCAUGUGCGUUCUGCAGUCUAAACCCAUCGGCGUGGAUGAAGAUGCUCCAGGUGAGCUCAUCGUAUCCGGGGCAGGUGCCAUUGGUCAGCACGUCACUCGUGAUAACUUGCAGACACUGCUGAAGAGGGCGCUGGUGGUCAGCACGGAGCUGGGGAAGAUGUUCCAGCGGCUGGAGAAAGGCCGCUGGCAGCGGGUCCACAGCACAGCCGUCAGGGUCAACUGUCACGUGCGCUCGCUCAUCCAAGAGUACAGCACGGCCAGAAACGCACCACCAGAAAUGCAAAAGUAUGAGAAAUCACUGCUGGAGAAGUGCAUGGAGCUGAAUGUCAUUACUGAGAGGUGUCUUCAUACUGAGGAUGAAUACUUCCUCAAAUCCAUGAAGGAGGCCAUUCACGAGAUCCUUACUGAUGUCAGUGACUCCUUUAGCCAUAUGAUUGACAUGGCUCUGGCCAAUGAGAUACAGAUUUUGAUUUGUCAGAUUGAGGAUUCUGAUAAUGUUUUUGCCAUCAGUACUGCCAUCAGUAACUUGCUGUCUCUAACUCAGGAUGGGCCACAGCUCUGCAGCAUCAUCGCUAAGGAGGGAGCUGUUGUGGCCCUUCUGAAGAUCUGCAGGCAGGACUGCUUCAGUUCUCUGUACGCACAGGCUUUGAGGACUGUGGCUUCUAUCUGCUGUGUUGAAGAGGGCAUCAGCCAGCUGGAAAAGGUGGAUGGGAUCCUGUUUCUGGCAGACAUCUUAACGGACAGCACAUGUGCGGAGGGGACUCGAGCAGAAGCUGCGGCGGUGAUGGCUCAGAUCACCUCCCCCCAUCACACCUCCACACAACACCUCGCCAGCUUCCUUGAGAGUAUGCAAGACAUCGUCACAGCCCUCAUCAAUCUGUGUAAGAGUGCUUCCUGUGGUGAAGUGUUUCUGUUGGCCUCAGCAGCACUGGCAAACAUCACAUUCUUUGAUAGCAUGGCAUGUGAAAUUCUCCUGCAGCUCAAUGCUGUUCACAUCCUGCUACAGGCCUGCAGAGACCGCCAACGAGUUGACACGCCAUACUCCAAAGACCAGGUUGUAACAAUCCUUGCAAAUCUGUCUGUUCUGGAGCAGUGCACUGCAGAUGUUCUAGAGGAGAAGGGUGUCGAGCAGCUUCUGGUGUUGCUGAAUGAGAAGCCAUCGUCUUCCAGUCCGUCUGAGAGUGCAGCAUGCGAGCGGGUUCAACAGAAAGCUGCCGUCACACUGGCUCGUCUCAGCAGAGACCCGCUGGUCGCCCAGACAGCCAUACAGCUCAAGGCUGUUCCUCGUCUCAUUGAGUUGUGUCGGUCACCAGGGGAAAGGAACAACAGUGAUUCAGUGCUUGUGGCCUGUCUGGCUGCUUUGAGGAGGCUUGCGGCUGAAUGUCCAGACAGUAUUGGGCCCAGUGACCAUCAACAGCUGAUUAAGCCCAGACUCGUGGACUCUUUCUUGUUGUGCUCCAACAUGGAGGAAAGCUUUGUCUAAGAGGCUCUCUGAAUUAAAAUGGUGUGGGGGGGGGCUAUAUUUAUUUGUUACCAACUCAAAUCACCUUGGCUGAUCUGUAUGUUUUUGCAUACAACUUCCAGCCAUCUGGUAGAAAUAUAAAAUUAAUCAUGCAUGACAGAAAUUUUA